UGUGUUCGCACCCUGUCCUUCCUCUCCAGCUCUCACAGCAGAGGAUUAAACAGUGAAGUUAAGCGGAGUGCGCGCGCCUGCCCUGCUCUUAUGUUGAGAGAGGAGACUGCGGGUCGGACUAUCCAUCACCUUUAACGCUGAACCCGAUGGAGCUGCUUAUGACCGUACACAAUUUGGACAUGGAAUCAGAUGGAAAAUGAGUCCAGUGUAUAAACUGCACUCAGCACGAUCUUAACACUGAGGAACUUUUUUUUUUUUUUUCUGGCGUCGUUUGGGAUUUGUUCUUAUACUUAAACCGUGGCUUGAACGUGGGAACUCAAAAUGAGUAACAUCUACGAGUCUGCUGCCACCACGCUGGGCCUCUUCAACAGCCCAUGUCUGACAAAAGUGGAGCUCCGUGUGGCCUGUAAAGGAAUAUCUGACAGAGAUGCUCUGUCCAAGCCUGACCCCUGUGUCGUCCUCAAGAUGCAGUCCCAUGGACAGUGGUUUGAGGUGGACCGGACAGAGGUGAUUCGCAGCAGCAUCAGUCCGGUUUUCUCCAAAGUCUUCACCGUGGACUACUAUUUUGAGGAAGUACAGCGCCUUCGUUUUGAGCUGCAUGACAUCAGUAGCAACCAUAAUGGACUCAAAGAGGCUGACUUCCUGGGCUCCAUGGAGUGCACACUCGGACAGAUUGUAUCACAGAGAAAACUGUCCAAAGCUUUACUGAAGCAAGGAAACACAACUGGCAAAUCAUCUAUCACAGUCACAGCUGAAGAGCUGUCUGGGAAUGAUGAUUACGUGGAGCUCGCCUUCAGUGCCAAGAAACUGGAUGACAAGGACUUUUUUAGCAAGUCAGAUCCAUUUCUGGAGAUCUUCAGAGUGAAUGAUGAUGGCACAGCAUCACUGGUGCACAGAACAGAGACCAUUAUGAACAAUCUCAGUCCUGUCUGGAAAUCAUUCAAAGUUUCUUUAAACACACUCUGCAGUGGAGACCAUGAGCGGGAGUUAAAGUGUACAGUAUGGGACUGGGAUUCAAAUGGCAAACAUGACUUCAUAGGAGAAUUUCAAACCACUUUCAAGGAGAUGAAGGCGGCCAUGGAUGGGAAGCAGGAGAAACUACAAACUGAUCUUGGCCAAAAGAUCCAAUGGGAGUGUAUUAAUCCUAAGUACCAAGUGAAGAAAAAGAAUUACAGAAAUUCUGGAAUGGUAAUUCUUACCCUGUGCAAGAUCAUUAAGAUGCACUCUUUCCUGGAUUACAUCAUGGGAGGAUGUCAGAUUCAGUUCACAGUGGCGAUUGAUUUCACCGCCUCAAACGGCGACCCUCGAAACAGCUGCUCCCUCCACUACAUCCACCCUUACCAGCCCAACGAGUACCUCAAAGCGCUGAUCGCUGUUGGGGAGAUCUGCCAGGACUACGAUAGCGACAAAAUGUUUCCCGCUUUUGGCUUCGGAGCUCAAAUCCCACCAGACUUCAAAGUUUCUCACGAUUUUGCUGUCAAUUUUGAUGAGGACAACCCAGAAUGUGCUGGUAUACAAGGUGUUGUUGAGGCUUAUCAGAACUGCCUCCCGAAAAUCCAGUUGUACGGUCCCACUAAUAUUGCUCCCAUCAUCCAGAAAGUUGCCAACUCUGCCUCCGAGGAGAUGCACACCAAAGAGGCCAUGGAAUACUUCAUACUGCUAAUCCUGACAGAUGGAGUGAUCACAGAUAUGGCAGAUACACGAGAGGCCAUUGUCCACGCCUCUCACCUGCCCAUGUCCGUCAUCAUCGUCGGCAUAGGCAGCGCAGAUUUCAGCGACAUGCAGAUGCUGGACGGUGAUGAUGGAAUCCUCCGCUCUCCAAAAGGAGAACCCGUCCUGAGGGACAUCGUGCAAUUUGUGCCCUUCCGCAACUUCAAACAUGCCUCUCCUGCAGCGCUGGCUAAAAGUGUGCUGGCUGAGGUUCCCAAUCAAGUGGUGGAUUACUACAAUGGAAAAGGCAUCAAGCCCAAAUGCAUGACAGACUUUGAGUCUUCCAGAGCGUUCAGUCCCUGAGCUACGCACAGCCAUAUUUGUCUCAACUUCAAGAUAUCUUCACUGAUCAUUUCAGAGCUUGCUGUAUUAAUAUCGGAAUCGACAAGCAGGUCCAUCCUUGUUGUUUUUUUUCACUCAGGUUUCCAAUUGCAUCGGGCAGAAAUGUCCAUAUUUUUUACCCAGUUGUUAGUUAUAUUAAAGGUGCACUCAGUUAUUUUUAUUUUGGUUUCCCUGGAUAAUAUGGCAUAAUAUCAUCUUGGACAUAAAGUCUCCUUUAGCGUCUUCGUUAGAGGGCCUGGUUCCAUGCUGGAAACACUGGUUUGAAUUCCGCUUGGAGCAAGAAUGAGUAGAGUAGAACCAGAGGGGUUAUAUUGGUGCCGUGACCCGGAUGGGAGUGAGGUUUAGGGGCGGUGAGUGUAACAGAGGACAGUUUCUUAUUUCUUUAUCUGAUAACACAGAAGUUACUAAGAUAAAGUGAGUUGUAUUCAGUUAUGUGAUCUCAACAUGGCCGCCCCCAUGAGGUGACCUGCUCUCUCGUGAGAUGAUUUUAAACAUUUAAAAAGUGUUAUGUGUAAAAUGUGGUUGAAAUCACUGAAUGCACCUUUAACAUAACAUUGGGAUAGAUUCCUUUAAUUGCAACCAAACCAACCUGCCAGCACAUUUUAAUCUGCCAUCACCUACUCUGUGUAAAUAGAAGGAAAGCCGAAAGAAUGAAACCUUCAACUGGACCGUCUUCCUUUAGAUUCAGAUGCCAGACUGAUUCCAAGUUGCAUUUGUUCAUAAGUGUUGGCUUUUGUUAUCUUUUGUUCUGUUAAUAUUAUUUACUGUUAUUUUUGGUGGACCUGCUAUAAAAGGGCUAUAUAGUCCAAUAUAGCAUAAUAUUCCAAUGCGUAAUAGUUUAGGAGGCAAGUGAUUAUUGGAUAUUGGCCAGUGCAUGACCAAUGCUCAGUUAGUAAACACUGUUAGUCCUUUAUAAUCCAAAGUGCAACCAUUUUAUUGUUUUAAUGAAUUUACCUGCAAAAAGUUUGUGGUUAGUAAGAAUUUCAUGUUUUUAAAAGAAGUUCCCUAUCCUCACCAAGGCUGCAUUUAUUUGAUCAAAAUACAGUAAAAACGGUAAUUUGAUUAAAUAUUACAAUUUAAAAUAACCGUUUUCUAUUUGAAUAUAUUUUAAAAUUUGUUCGUGUGAUGGCAAAGCUGAAUUUUCAGCAUCAUUACUCCAGUCUUUAGUCUCACAUGAACCUUCAGAAAUCAUUCUAAUAUGCUGAUUUGGUAAAAUAAAAAUACAAACGAACAGUAUUUAUUUGUAAUGGAAAUCUUCUGUAGUAUUUCAAUUGUCUUUAUUGAUACUUUUAAUCAAUUUAAUGCCUCCUUGCUGAAUAAAAAUAUUUGUUCCUUUCUUACCCACCCCAAACUUUUGAACGGUUGUGUAUUUAUUUUAAAACUUAUUUUUAAUGUGAGGCCUUUAUGACUUACAAUUGUUACAUACAAUUAAGUGUAUUGUAUAUAGCUCUAUAAAAAAUGCAUAUUUAUUUGAAAGCAUGUGGAAUGGAUUCAGUGAAUACAGUAUUUAGGCAUUGUUUGUUUUUGUUCUUUUCUACAGGUUUCUUGAUAUUUGUUUUGCAGAAUUUCUUAACCUAAUCUAAGUCAUUUCAAAUAUUUGGAAAUAGUAGAUGUGUAUUUCUGGUGCUGUCUUAGACACAUUUCUCAUUUCCUUUUACACAUUUCUUUCUUUCUUUCCUUCUUCCUUCCAUUUGGAGCGUGUGUGUGUAUGUAUGCUUGCUUACUACCGAAACCAGGACUGUAUUUUGCAUGUUGCCAAUAAAAAAUGUU